AUGACGCGGAAUGAUAUUGCGCCCGUUCUCGCCUCGCAAUUCGACAGCGAAAUGACGUGUGCGCUGCGCUGCACUGCCAUCGGGAUCGCCGAUAUCUCGUUACAAACAAGCUUCGAAUUGUCGAGCGCAGCCUUUGGAUGUAUGAAUCUUGCCGCCGUCGAGGAGUUUCUCAACCUCGGCGCUAACCCAAACAUCGUCCCGAGAGACGUACACGACUGUGGCCCUCUCGAGAAGAUACUUAGCUUCCAGAGGCACAAUGGUGAUGAAGACGAACAGCGUCGCCUCGACAUCGUAAAGCGCCUGGUCAAGAACGGCGCCAACAUCAAUCGGUGCACAGGAAAUAACUUCCCCUGCGACGGCCCGCCUCUUUGGCUGGCAUGCCCGAAAUACCUGCGCAUUGCCGAGUAUCUUCUCGAGAAUGGCGCGCGAACAGACAUACCUAUCAUAACUAAAUGGCCAGACAACGAUGGCGCGCGGUACAUCAUCGCAGCGCUUUUUGUCGAAUGCGACUCGGACGGCUUCAUGGGCUGCAUAGCCGAGGAUACCGUACAAGAGCUCGAAGAAGCCCUGGUCUUACUGUUGCAGCAUGGAGCACCCAUAGACGAAGUGUCAAACAGUGACGGUGGCGAGUGGUACGACGACGCAGAUGGGGACUAUUACGACACCCGGGAUAGCAGUCACUACGCUGACGGAGACUCGGCCCUUCUGAAAAACUUGUCUCUAGAGCACUUGCAGGAGGCGAUAGAGACGGAGUUUUCUGACUCGGACGCGGAUUCAGGCGAGGGGACAACCGAUAAGAACGGGGAGAUACAACGUAUGCUCGCCGAUACAACUCAGUAG